AUGUCCGCGCCCCUUCCGAGCUGCGUGACCGACCCUCUGGGCGCCGUGGCGUCCGCGUUUGACGCCGCGAUCGGCUCCGGCGACACCGCUCCCGAUCAGGACGGCGACUGGGGGAUCAAGGCGACGCUUCAGGAGGCUCUCGAUCGGCCCGGCGUCAUGGAGCAGAUCCCCGAGAUCAACGCCGUGGGCGUGGACAACGUGCGCCCGGGACAGCUGGUCCGCUUCCGCUGCAUGGUGCAGGACAUGUACAACCCGGAGUACUACGUCGGCGCAUACAAGGACAGGAGCACGGGCGGCAAGUGGAGGACCACCAAGUUCACCGAGAGGAUCUCGGGCGGCAACUCAGUCAACACGGGCGAGAGCCAACCCGACGACUCCGCCGAGCGCGUGAUCUGGGAGCGACGCGUGCUCUACUGCGUUCCGAUCCCGGGCGAGAGCUCUUGGAUCGCGAGGGACGACGAGGACAUGGUCGCGAAGAUCCUCGCCGCCGCCGGAGAGCGCAAAGAAGGUCCCGCCGCGAAGGUCGACGAGAAGGUGGACGAGAAGGCUGCCUCCUCCAACCCGGUGGCGAAGCACCCACGAGCCGACCACGCGACGUGUCCUCCGGCGUCGAUCGUCCCGGAAGCCGCCGAGAGCAUGGACGAGUCCCUGAACCUACCGCUCGGGGCCACGGACGUCGCCGACGGGCUCCCGCGCGCGGCGCCCGCCAUCGUCAAGGUUUACGAGAGCGAGGAUGCGCUGCCCGUGAAGCUCAACGACGUCCUCGAGCUCGUCGGCGUCUUGCAGAUUGAACCCGACAUCUCGAACGACGUCUCGAACACGAACAACGACCAGCAGCAGGCGGCGAUGGCGGCGGCUGCGGCGGCGGUCAACGGCGAUCCGGCCACCAGCGGGGCGAUCGAGGCACCGGCGGAGAUACGAACCGCACUCAUCCAGCACCUCGCCGUCCCGCUGGGCGGCGAUGUCCUGGCUGCCGAGUACGUGCUCGCGGCAAUCGUCAGCCGCGUUCACACCAGGACCGAUUCGUUGGCUCUCGGUAAACUGUCGGUGACUCUCAUGGGAGUCCCCGAGGGCGGCGACCUGCCGCGAAACCUCGCGGCGGCCAUCGCAGACAUCGCUCCGUGCGUCGCGCACUUACCGCUGUCGAUCGCGGGCCUAAACGCGAGGUCCUGGACCCCGAAGAAGGACUACGGGGUCAACCGGCUUCGAUCCGGGCCGCUUCAACUGGCUCCCGGGACGGUCGUCGUUCUCGACGAGACCGCGCUGACGUCCGGGCAGCUGCGGGAGACGGGCGUGAGGAACGUGCAGGCGCUCAAGCAACUCGUGCAGCUUCAGGAGCUGGAGUACGACUUCCAGUACCACCAGAUGCGGGUGCCCGUCGACGUCGCCGUCGUCGUCUUAACAUCCGCGAAGCAAGGGGACAGCGUCGUGCAGGGGGGCGAGUGCAGGGUGCCGCUGCGCAUGGUCAAGGACACGCGCGUCGCCGAACAGCUGGACCCCGUCAUGGCGAGAACGAUGCGCCGGUUCGUGGCCAGGGCGUGGGGAAGCGACCACUCCAUCAGCGAAAAGGCGGGCAAGGAGAUUGAGUCCGAGAUGGUCGCCGCGCGGCAGGGCGAGCGCAAGGCGACGGAGCUGGAGUUUCACAGGUGGCUGACCAUCGCCAGGCUUUGCGCGCUGAGCUCGGGGGAGACGGAUUUGACGGUGAAGCACUGGAAGCACGCGAUGGAGUGCGAGAGGAAGACGGAGGAGAGGCUCAGGCUCAUGUAG